AUGAUCAAGGAGCAUCAAUCCCAAGAUGCUGCGCGAGACGAGACUGUUGUCUUGUUGGCGACGCCUCAACUGGCCCAUUUUCUGGACCUUGACGGUUUCCUCAGAUCUGCCAUGGAAGCAAUCUACGGAAGUCUGCGGACCAAGACCGCGAGUGGUAACUUGAAAAAGGUCAGAUCCGUCACUGCAGUCGUUGAUGCUCUGCCUGAGCCUUUUUCUACGGCGGACAAGGCAACGAACCCUGGUCCGGUACUGUCUGAGGGCCUCGCUCUCUUACUGAGCUCGGCGGCCCACAGUGACAAGUCAACGUAUCGUGCCACAGAUGAUGAAGUUAACCCCGUCACAUUGUCGUUCUCAUCCAGCGAGGCCCACGGCGGUGGUGCACCCGGGCAACUGACAGGACUUGUUCGGCAUAUUAGCCUUCCAGUUGCCAACACCAUUUUUGUCAAUGGCACACGUGCAACCUUGUUGGAAGACAGCUGGGACAUCAUGACCCGUGAUUCAGAAUCAGCAGUCGUUGCCCACCGUGACCGGCGGCCUCUGCAGAACUUUAGGAUCGACAUGGGCUGUGGCGCGGAUGAGUUCCUCAAUGGUUCUAUCCCACUUCGAUCUUUGACGAGACCGCGCAAAGUGGUGAGAUCAAUGGGGAACGUGCUCGCCCAGAUAGAGGUCGAUGGCAAACCUGUUCCGGCUUCGCGUGAGCUGGAGGAAGCCGUGACCAGGUACACUAAGACGCUGCCUACACACGCAACACGCGGGCCGGUCCAGGUCUUUGCGCUCGUCCGACCUCCGCGGACAGCAUCUAUCCACGACGAGGGACAGGAGGACUCGACAACGCUCGACUACGAGCACAAGCAGGCCAGCAGCAGAAUCUUGUCCGGAUUAUGGCAAGACGCGAAACUGUUCAAAGUUACCGGCGGUGGCGGCGGAUGGGGCAAGAGGCAAGGCCUGCUUUCCCUUGACACCGCUGUUGAUUUUGCGGCGAAUGAGGCCACCGUGGGCUUUCCUGAUUUCGAUACAGCGGAGGACCUCUCGCAUGAGGUAGGCUCACACGGCAUGAUUCCUCAGGGCGGCACCGUCGAGUUCUUGCUCAGUUCGGACGAUGAAGCCCCAUCAUCCUUGUCAGCGAGCUCCGGCACUCAAGGCCAAAGCGCCGUUCAACAGAUGGAUGACGCAGCCACGUCCUUCAUCGUGGGGACGGCGGCUAACCCGGACAUGCAAGACUACUGGGAGGAUGUCACAAGCAGCACCGACUCCGGUGUCUCCUUCUAUCCUAAUCAUUUUGGAGUGAUUUCCUAUGGGGGCGCUGCUCUGGGCUCAGAUGAGCUCCUUGGAUCAAACGAGACCGUCGACUCUCCUCGAGAGCGUUCCCGCAACAGCUCCCGAACUCGCUUGGACGUGCCCAACUCUUUUUUCAUCCUUCAAGCAGGCCAAAUUCUGGCUAAGAAGUGA